UUACACCUUACAUAUCCACCCGCACCCCGCAUUUCGGACACUUCACGAUGGUCAAGGCUAUAAGAGGUACACUUGUGCGAUGCGACGCGUCAAUCAAAGCCAUGCUGGUCGACAUUGACAGCAAGAACAACAACGAAUACAUCAUCGAGGAGCUAGACGAGGAGCACAUUCUAGUAAAGGAGACCAAGAUUAAUGAACUCAAGGGUCGGCUGAACAACAUGAUGAGAGAGCGUCUGAAGGAACCCGAGAGCUCAGAUUCCGAGUAGAUUGCUAUCGCCAUCGGUAUCAUUACCACGGUGCCAUGCAUACGGUAUCAUGCAACGGUCUCUGCCUGCGAAUCUACGUACACCUUACGACAUACUCUUCUUCUGGUCAGCGCCCUGCUGCGCGCCAACCCACUUAGGCCUAGUGUCAGCGUACAACUCAG